GCCUACUUGGAGUGUGGAUGAGUUUGGAGCGGGUUCUGUGAAUUGCCUUGCCAUUAUGUUGCCUGAAUGAUAAAGCAAUCAAUCGGCUCAGUGAGGACAUAACAGGCCACUAAGACUUAUAGACACACUGAAGGAAAGCAGGUGGGAUAGAACACACCUCAUGCGUGGGCUCAGAGAGGGUCCGAGGCUGUAUGGAUCAUCUAACUAAGAUGGGUGUUCUCCAGCUCCACAACCCCACCCUCCCCGCCACGCUCCUGCACAGGGCCAAUCAUAUGCGUCUGUCGGGAACGCUGUGUGACGUAAUCAUCACGGUGGAUGGCCAGGAGUUCCCGGCCCACCGCACCGUCCUGGCCUGCACCAGCAAGAUGUUUGAGAUUUUAUUCCACCGCAGCAGCCUGCGCUACGCACUCGAUUUCCUCUCCCCCAAGACCUUCCAGCAGAUCCUGGAGUAUGCCUACACGGCCUCCCUGCAGGCCACGGCCGAGGACCUGGAUGACCUGCUGUACGCCGCUGAGAUCCUGGAGAUCGAGUACCUGGAGGAGCAGUGCCUCAAGGUCCUGGAGACCAUCCAGUCAGAGGAGAAGCAGGACCACCUGAGUCUGAGUGGGAGGAACCACGGGUCUGGAGAGAGUGAACAAAGCAGGGCAAGGCACUGGAGGAACAUGCUAAUCUCCAAGAAGCAUGCAAUGCAGGAGGGUGGCAUCAAUCCCACCGCCCUGCACCACCUGGCACUGUACCACAUGACUGACAGGAGUCCCUCUGGGCCAGGGGGACUACCUAUGGGGCUCCCUGUAGCCAGCCCAACACAAGAUGGAGGGGUUAGUCUGGAGGGCCUGGGUCAGUCUCCACUGCAGUACAGCCUCAAUGGAGCCCAGGAGCCCUUCUUGCCUCUGGCUAAGAGGAUAAAGACAGAGGACAAUAACAUGCAGGUGGAUGAAGCCAAUGGCCGGUCCAACAGCGGAGGGGAGGGGGGCUGUGAGUCGGACCAGCCAAGAGAAGAGGGCCCGGGGACCCCCCAAAGAGGCAGUGUCAUCACAUCUGCUAGAGAGCAGCACUCGGGCCAAGAGGAGGGGGGCAUAGUGGGGAACAACUCUCCUCUGGACAGUUUCCCUGGGCUGGCUGAGAAACACCUGGCCUCCCUCUACUCCUCCAUGCCCUCCAACCACAUAGGGGAGGUGGGGCUGCCUAUGCCCAUGUCGGUGGCCCCUUCCCUGGCCAUGUCCCUGGACCUGAGGGCCUAUGGGGGGCUCCUGAACCAGGGCCUGCUGCACAGGGAGAUCCUCAGCAGGCUGGGACAGUUUGCAGCAGGGAUGAGGCGGGAGGGCCAGAGUCAGACUCAGAGCAGUGGGGACUGUGGUCUCCAGCUGCACGACAGAGAGGUCAUGGAGCAACACAGGAAGCUGCACAGUGAAGGAGAGAAGGAACACGGCUGUGAGUUUUGUGGCAAACACUUCAUGGACAGUGUACGGCUCAGGAUGCACAUGCUCUCUCACUCAGCUGGAGCUGAGGCCCUGGUGUGUGAUCAGUGUGGAGCUACAUUCUCUGCUGAAGAUGCUCUGGAGGCCCACAGACAGACACACACAGGGACAGACAUGGCAGUGUUCUGUCUGCUCUGUGCCAAGCGGUUCCAGACCCAGAAGGCUCUGCAGCAGCACAUGGAGGUUCAUACAGGGAUGCACAGCUACAUCUGCAGCCACUGUGACCACCCCUUCCCCAGCCACACCACCCUCAAACGCCACCUGCGCUCACACACAGGUGACCACCCGUUUGAGUGUGAGUUCUGUGGGAGCUGUUUCCGGGACGAUGGCAUGUUGAGGGGACACAAACGUAUCCACACGGGAGAGAAGCCUUACGAGUGUAACGGCUGUGGCAAAAGGUUCAGCCUCAAGCAUCAGCUGGAGACCCACUACCGCGUGCACACAGGCGAGAAACCAUUUGAGUGCAAGAUCUGUCACCAGCGAUCCAGAGACUACUCUGCCAUGAUCAAGCACCUGCGCACCCACAACGGAGCAUCGCCCUACCAGUGUACUAUCUGCCAGGACUUCUGCCCCAGCCUGGCAGCCAUGCAGAAACACAUGAAGAGCCACAGACCCGAGGAUGUGCCCCCGGACUGGAGGAUAGAGAAGACCUACCUGUACGUAUGCUACGUCUGAGCAGGUCUUAGACACUAAGACACACUAUCCUAGGAGUGGACAGGUUUUUCAUCGUAUUCUUUCCUCUAAAGAAGAGUAAGUUGAUCAUUUCUGUGGUUUGAUUGGUUUUAUCACUGCAUAUGUGUUGAAGACUGAAAGAAGACUGGUCAGGUUACCACAGCAGUGAAAGUGUUAUCUGUUAUUACAUCAAACCUGCGUAUGUGUUGAAGACUGGAAGACGACUGGUCAGGUUACCACAGCAGUGAAAGUGUUAUCUGUUAUUACAUCAAACCGGCGUAUGUGUUGAAGACUGGAAGACGACUGGUCAGGUUACCACAGCAGUGAAAGUGUUAUCUGUUAUUACAUCAAACCUGCGUAUGUGUUGAAGACUGGAAGACGACUGGUCAGGUUACCACAGCAGUGAAAGUGUUGCACUAGAAGGGAUAUUGAGUUCUUUCUGCUGUGACUGUGAUUGUGAGAUGUAGAACCCAACUUCUCUGGUAUAAUUGCAAUACUAUACUACAUAGAUUGAUUGAGAUAAACAAUCAUUUCCUGGCUUAUUAUUUCCUGUUAUAGAUUUUUUGGGGGUGUUGUUUGUUUUCUGCAUGUUUUACUUGAAUGUUGUCCAUAUGCUUGAUUUAAUUUGUGUCUUAUUUUUCAGUGCGCAUAUUACGCAUAUGAUUUUCCUUACCUGUCAGUUAGUCUGUCUGCUCAUGCUGAUUGACAAGCAUUAAGGUGCAACAGGUUUUGAUAUUUAUGUCGUGCCUCGUUUUUGUUACCAAAUAGGUGUUGGUUAUUUUGACCCAAACUCAAGGCCGUUUAUUUUGUUAUUAGAAUAAGUGCUACCUCUUCAAUCUUCAACUUUUGCACAGAGGCAAUAGCACAUCUUAGAACUGGUGUUUUUCAUCGUGUUUUCAUCCAUCAUCUGUAGCUUUAACUUCAAAUGUCCUUUUAUAUUGGCGAAGCGGCUUGAAAUGUUCUGAGAAUGAAUUAAUGGAAUUGAUUCGGACGGUUGCCUGUUGGGUGGAAAAAAAUAUUUGAAAGUCUUUAAAGUGACUUUUAUGUGUAUCAUUUUUUAUAAGUUGAAUUAUAGCAGUCUGUUAAAUCACAGAAUUCGAUUUUUCUCUAAGUGAUGAAAAAGACAUCAAAUCUGAAUGAAAGUGUUGGCUUUUUUACUAAACGUGAAAAGAUUAUUCUGUAAAGUUAAAUGGCUAAAAGCAGGUUAUCGUCAGUUGUCUGUUGCUGUAAAUGUGAUUGUAUCUAUUUCUAGACGAGAGCCAGAUGAGGGAUUCUCUGAUUUAAAGAUGUUGUAUUUUUGUAUUACAGUGAUCUGCAAUUUGUUUACAUUUGAUUUGAUUUAGGAAACAUCUUUUCUUGUGUGUUUUGUAAGUCUCUGGAGUCUGAUUUGAGUAAGAGCCCUCCCUGUGCCUCUUUUAUAAAUGGAGAAUAGAUGUGCUGAAUACAUGAACACAGUAUAUGUUUGUUGUAUUGACCGUUGUUGUUCCUGGGUGUUUGUUUAUUGUUGGUGAAGAACUGAUUUUCACUGCCAUGCCGUAGUAGACCCUAUUGUCUAAACAUUGUAAUUUGAAACAAGAUACUUCUAAUGACUAUGGUAUUAUAUGCCCCAGGCACCUCAUGCCUCAAAGCAACGAGUGAGAUUUUCUUUCAAAAUGUUCUGUCAUGUCAAAGUAAAAUUUGGAUUGUGAAUUCAUCAAAUGGGAAAAAUGCACAGAAAACACAGAAUACAUAGUGGUAUUGUUAAUCAUCUUUAUAAAGCUAAACGUUGGGCAUAAUAUGGGUCUAACACUAUGGCCUUCUAGAACAAACAGCCAGCACUCAGUGCCAUGAAAACUAUUAAAAGUAUCAACUCAUCUUCACUGUACUGCUUCUAUUCUAUACUGAACAGAAAUAUAAACGCAACAUGCAACAAUUUGAAUGAUUUUACUGAGUUACAGGUCAUAGAAGGAAAUCAGUCAAAUACAUUCAUUGGGCCCUAAUCUAUGGAUUUCACAUUGCUGGUCAGGGGCGCAGCCAUGGGUGGGCCUGGGAAACCAUAUGCCCACCUACCUGGGAGCCAGGCCAAGCCAACCAGAGGUUUUUAACCACAGAAGGGCUUUAUUACAGACAGAAAUACUCCUCAGUUUCAUCAGCUGUUCGGGUGGCUGGUCUCAGACGAUUCCGUAGGUGAAGAAGUCGAAUGUGGAGGUCCUGGGCUGGUGUGGUUACACGUGGCCUACGGUUGUGAGGCCGUUUGGAAUUACUGCCAAAUUCUCUAAAACGAUGUUGGAGGCGGUUUAUGGUAGAGAAAUUAACAUCCAAUUCUCUGGCAACAGCUCUGGUGAACAUUCCUGGAGUCAGCAUGCCAAUUGCAUGCUCCCUCAAAACUUGAGACAUCUGUGGCAUUGUGUUGUGUGACUAAAUGGAACAUUUUAGAGUGGCCUUUUGUUGUCCCCAGCACAAGGUGUACCCGUGUAAUGAUCAUGCUAUAUAAUCAGCUUGUUGAUAUGUCACACCUGUCUGGUGGAUGGAUUAUCUUGGCCAAUGAGAAAUGUGUAAAUAACACGGAUGUAAAACUAUUUGUGCACAAAAUUUGAUAGAAAUAAGCUUUUUUGUGCAUAUGGAAAAUAGCUGGUGUCUUUAAUUUCACCUGAUGAAACAUGGGACCAACACUUUACAUGUUGCAUUUAUAUUUUUGUUCAGUGUACAUACACAUGCACUAUAAGGAUCUUAGGAUUUCCGUGGUGGACCAAAACUAACAGAGCACUUUGAAAAAAAGCUUUUCUUUGAUCUUUCUAUGUUGUAACAAAACGGAAGUUGUAUUAUUUGGUGUGUGUACUAUAAGGAUGUGAUGAUCAUCAUUUAGGUAGAUAUUAUGUAAAUGUUUGUCUACCUCAGCGCCAGUUCAGUCAGUGCUUGUCCUGGUGUCCAAUCAGGGUUGUUCUUCUUGCCAUGUGUGUUAAAUCCUUUUGCAUUACAGCUUUGUAACACUGUGUGUGCAAGUGUUUUCUCAGUGUGGUUUCAGGCACAGCUCUCUUUACGCAUCAGUGUUCUGUAGCAUGAUGAAAAAAUAAUAAAACAAUUUUACAAUGCA